AUGUUCUGUGGGUAUUCACGCCAGCGUGGCAAGCAAGCGAGAGGAGGGAAGAGAUCUGGUGACGAGGCGACAGCGUCAGAGGCCGGAUCAGAGGCUGGAUCCAUCGAGACGGCCCCGCCGGCGCUUGUGGUUGUCGACGAGCUCAACGAGGAGAGCCUCAGGGAGAAGUGGGAGACAGCGGUGGACAACCUUGGCGAGCGGGCCAAGGCGACCCGCGCCGCGGGCCUCGAGACUGUCCUCUCCAUCGUCGCCGGCCGCUUCUCGGACGAGCUGCUGGAGGGUUCGGUCGAGACCGUCGUCGGCAUGAUCAAGGGCAUGGUCCGCAAGGGCACGCUCGCCGAGAAGAUGAUGGGCGCCCGCAUCCUUGCUGCCAUCUUUGUCUCGGUCGGCAUUUCGCAGUCGCUCUACGACGAUGCGCUGCCCGUCCUUCGCGACUACGAGUCGUCGCGCUCGGACGAGCUCGCCGCCCUCGGCCUCGCCGCCCGCGCCAUGGGUAUCUUUGUCUGCGUCGAGGAGCCGGGCCUCGCCUCCGCCUACAUUGUCGAGCUCGCCAAGGUGGCCGACUCUGGCUCGCGCGCCGGCCCGCGCGCCUCGGCCGCCGCCAUGCAGGCCAUCUCACUGCUGCUGCCGGUCGUCCCGGUUGUCGCGUUUUUCCAGGACCACUUCCACACCCUGCUCACCCUCGCCACCGACAGCCUCGACUCGCCCGACUUUGCCGUCCGCGUCGCCGCUGGCAAGCUCAUCGCCUCGAUGUUUGAGCUCGGCUCUGCGCCCGCCGCCGCCGGCUUUGACAUCGACGAUGAGGUCGACAACCGCGCCCGCGACGAGCUGCUGGACAAGCUCGGCGACCUCGCCUCAGAGUCGUCCAAGUACGUCGCCCGUGAGACUCGCAAGUCGCAGCGCUCCAUUUUCCGCGACGUCCUGGCCUCGGUCGAGGACGGCACCUCGCCUGACCUCGCCAUCACCAUCGGCAAGGCUCGCUUCACCUUCACCUCGUGGGCCGCCCUCGCCGCCUACGACGCCGUCAAGGCCGCCCUCCUCUCGGGCCUCGCCGCUCACUUUUCCCACAACCCGCUCCUCACCGACAUCUUCCCCUCUAUCUCUAUCGACAACUCUUCGCUCUCCGCCAACCGCCACGUCAAGCGCGGCGCCGAUCGCGACGCCAAGCGCGACGCCAACCUCGAGUUUGUCCACAACGAUCUUUGA